AUCGAUCGGAUGUAACUUGCACGAACUGGCAACCGGCUGAAGUCGACGUUAAACAGAAAGACGAGACGCACGUGCUAAGACGAGAUAAAUGAGCGUAUGCAAUUACCAAGUGCAACAAAAGUGACCUCAAUUGAGUGUGCUCGCCUGUGUAAUUAAUACCAGAUAAAGUCAAUACCUUAUCAUCGUUUGUACACAUACACAUGCAUACGUACACGUGCAUAUAUUCGCGAGAGACCGAAUGAAAAACAUCUCAAAGAAAGCCUGGUUGAUGAUGGAAGAACGUGUCAAUACAUCGAUAAAUGGUCUACGGAACACGCGUAGAAAACUUUUUGCAGAUGAAAAUGACAGCGACGGCGAGGAACAGAACUUUUACAAUCGUAUUAUCGAAGAAAGCCGACAAAGAUCAGAAGAGGACAUGAAAAAAUGGAACUUUGAUUUUAAGCAUGAAAUGCCACUACCUGGACGUUUCAAGUGGGUAAAAACAGACCAAUACGGAAACGAAAUUUCUGAUCCCACAAAUUUAAUUAACGAAGAACAAAAUAGAAACGAGCAGGAAAAACAGAUAGAAGAAACAGACAAAAAUUCAAGAAGAAGAAAUGACGAACCGAUGAAUGAAAAUCCGACGAAAAAAGCUAAACUAGAAAAAUCGUAAAAAUAUUAUUCGAUAUACUAGAUAAUAGCAAAGACAAUCGCAGCUACGAGAUAGAAAUUGCUCCUCGUACAAAAAAAAAACUAUAUAAAUGUUUAAUUUCAAAACUUGUGAUUCAUCUUCAAUGAAUAUUAAAAAUUACUUGCAAAUUUCUUCUCUAAAAUUUAGAGUAAAAUUAGUAAGAUUUAGAUUUUUAUACGAAGAGCGAGAAAACGGGGAAUAUAAAGUCCUAAAACAAAUGUGAUAAAACUACAUUCUCAAAUUGUCAAUUUAUUAAUUGAACUGAAUUAUUUUAUAAUUAGUUUAUAAAUUCUAGUCAGAGGAGACAUGAUGCCAACAUGUCUCGAAGAAACCAAAGCAAAAUUCUUUAUUUUAAUUAACGAAUUUUAUUAAUAUCUGAAAGAAGUGACUAGAUUACGUGUGAUUUGUCCAAUUAAAUUCAAUUAUGUUAAUUUUAAAGCACCGCAUGUGAUUUUAUUCAAUUUAAUAUUUAUAGAAAUGAACGUGCAAUACACGUGAUUAUAUUCAAUUGAUAUUUAUAAUUUGGAGUAAAUAAUCCGCGCGAUAUAGACAAAUGUAAAAAUAGUUAAUAUAUUUCUAUAAUAUUUAUAAAAAAAAA